UGAGUAAGGUGCCGGCUUUCGUCUUCGUGUCAUUCAUUUCAUUGUUUGUUAUAUUAUUGUGGUGCACGGUGCAGAUGUUGGAUUGGAUCGGUAAACAAAAAGUAGAAUCGUUGAUUUAUUAUAUGAAGAUAAAUCUUUAAAGUUGUGAGGAGGUUAAUUAUCUUUUGAAGAAAACAAGGUCUGUCUGAAAGUUGUGAUGUUCAACACCAGCUGGGAUGUGGACCGUUACAGAAUCGAACACGAGUCUGAUGAACACUGGGGUCUGCGGAGACAGUUCAUGGUUGCCCAUAAGGAGAAGUAUCCAGAAGAUCGGCUUGUAUGUCUCACCCAGGUGUUCUUCAAUAUGGAGUUCCUGGGUUGCAGAUACCCCCACAAGACAAUGGAGCUGGUCAAUAGACUGGCCAAGGAGGUGGCGGAGGAGUUCAGAGAGUCUAGGAAAGGCAGACUGAAGAGGACGUUUGUGGGAGCGCAAGACGCUGCAGGAGCUAAAGCUAAGGGAUCCAAACCUCCACUUGGGGCUCCGGAGAGAUUUGCUACUGAUGUACCAGGAGAUGAUGUGGACCAGGGGUCUUGUUUUGUAGGAUCCAAACCUCCACUUGGGGCUCUGGAGAGAUUUGCUACUGAUGUACGAGGAGAUGAUGUGGACCAGGGGUCUGCGCCAAAGAGACCCAGGGUGGAGAAGGGGAAUGCAGAGAAUCAGCCAGAGAUUAUCACAUUGGAUGAUGACAAACCCAAACCGGACGUGAAUAAGAAAAGUCAAUCGGACAUUAUUACAUUGGAUGAUGAUGAUGAUGAGGACGAUGAUGAUGAUGAUGACAAUGACAAUGAUAACAAGUCUAAAUCUGUUCCGGAUACAAAAGACGUAACAGCUGAUGCGAAGGAAUUAGCCAAGACGUUUGUUCUGAUGAUACCACCACGAACCAAUAGUAUGACUGAACAAGAUUCAGUCAACAUCAUACGUGCAAAUUUCCCCGGAAACCAGAUGUCUCUAAAGUUCAAUGGCAGCAAGGAGGAAGGAGGGUGGACGUGCGAGUUAUGGGUCAACCCGACUGCCGGAAGUAAACAGAAGCCACCGUUCUGUAUAGCGUCCUGCUUCAAGCCAACUCAGCGCGAGGGCAAACAGCAGGCCUCUGCCAACGCUGUAGCUACGUUGAAGAAAUUCUGUACCUACAUAGAGCCCAAUCCUACUUGGUUUAAAGAAGGAAGAACACCAGACUUCAUUGAGAAAAGAAUACCUUGCAAGAAAAACCCACGCAGUUAUUUAAUUAUGACAAAGAAGGAUACUGGCCAUGUAACACCGCAGGUUGCCGAGAUGCUCCUCACCAAUUUUCAAAAGAGCUCCAACGAGGACAUGUUUUUCAUAGACACAGAGUACAACGAGAAGGAGAAAAUACAGUUGAUGAACUCUAGCCAAAAGUUCAAACUGGGUUUCCGACAUUUUGGUUCAAAAAAGCAAUUGAAAGAUCACCAUGUCUGCAUUUACAAGGAGAAACCUGCGGCUGAAGUGGUGGAGGAGGCGAGGAAGUGGGGUGGAAAACACCCCAAGUUUCUGGUGACCUUGAAAAAACCCUGACACUAAAGGUCUUCUUCAAGGAGAAGAUCCAGCAGUUCAUGAAUCGGCGGAUAAACAUAAACAAAGAUUAAACUCAUUUUAUUUACAUUUUUAUAGUUGUACAAAUUUCAAAGGCUUGUAAUAAUUUUUAUUACUUAUUUUUUAUACGUUUGGAAUUUUAUAAACCCUCAAGUUUCUGAGUGUUUGAUUUUUUAUUAGUACAAAUAAUAUAAACAUAGAUUGAACUAAUUUAAUUAUUUUUUAUUAGUACAAAUAAUUUAUUGUAUUUAAAACAUAAUAUUUGUUGAUUAGUUUUAUUCUGUGUACAAUUUUUAGUUAUUGUUGCAAAUUUUACUCAAAUACAACUACAACUUAUAAAAAAGUA